AGGACAAAAUGAAGUGAACCAAUCAAAAUAGCUUGAAACUGAAAAUUUCUAGUGUUUAAAGAAUAUAUUUAUAAAUAUGGUUUCUGUCGGAGGAAAUAGAAGAAGUAAAUGGAAAUAUCAUGAUAUCGGAGAAGCUGCUAUUAGAGUUAUCCUUCUCCUACUCUUCAUGGACCUGGAGCUGCGGGAUCCGUUCGUGAGAAAAAUUCAACCUGAAGAAAUCUGGCUGUAUCGAAAUCCCAAGACAGCUUCCUACUUCCCUGGUCAUGUGCUGUGGAAGAUGGUGACGAUUGUCCCGUUGAUGGCCGUCUUAACCUGCUUCAGUUACCGCCGAUGUCGGGUUGACCUACGCGCAGCAAUGUUGGCGGCGACCUUGAUAAUCCCGUUGAACGGUGUGAUCACUAAUACUAUUAAACUGUGUGUUGGAAGGUUUCGUCCUGAUUUUGUAUAUCGGUGUUGGCCUGAUGGUAAAAUUCCGGAAGAUGCCUUCAACUAUGAUCAUUUAGAAUGUAGCGGAAAUCCUAAAAUUAUCGCUGAGGGAAGAAAAUCCUUCCCUAGUGGACACAGCUCGUUCUCAUUUGCAGCCUGGGGGUUCGUCUUUCUUUACUUCUCAGGCAAAGUUGGGACAUUUCAUCACAGACAUGAAACCGGAAGCUGGAAACUAGUUGUAUCUCUAGGACUACUCCUAGCUCCACUUUCUAUUGCUAUGUCAAGAACUGCAGACUAUCAUCAUCAUUGGCAAGAUGUUGUCGUUGGGAGUAUUUUGGGAUUUGUUGUCGCGUGUUUAGUGUACAGGCAAUACUAUCCCUCAAUCCUGAGCGAGGACUCAGCUACCCCUCUCUCCCUUCUCCAGCUCAACAUCACGUCUAGUCCAGAGAAGGAGAAGAUGGACAAAAAGGAGAAGUACACCAUAAUGCAGAGUAUUUAGAAAUCAAACCAGUUCAUCACGAUUUUCAGAACUUUUAAAGUUACCCCCUGAUACAAUCAAUUUUGAUGAUUAAAAGGAGCUUCCAUUAAAUUUCUGUAGUUUUGUUUUUUACUCUCUCAAAGUUUUUUUUUUAUUGAGAGCGGUGUAAUUUAUUAAAACAAUGAGUUUUCCUUAGCUGAUCAGUGUCUCUAAAGGUUGUCUUCCAACUAAUAAUAAAUUAGUAUUUCAAUAGAUUAGAAUAUAUUUAGCAUAAUUAUUAUAAUAUAUAUUUAUUUCUAGUAUAUAAAUGCGUACAUCAUGAACAUUUGGCCUAGUUUUUUUGUUGCUCAUGCCAUAACUUGCUCAACCCUUGAUGAAAAAAUAUUUAAUUUGUGUAAAACUAGUCGAACUAUUAAUUUAUUAUAACUUUAC